GAAGUCGAUGCGAUAGGAAAUCGUUCGACUAAAUUAGGUAUUGCUUCUCAUUACUUAUCGUCCUUAGCCCCACAAACGUCAUGGAUUGUCCAAGUAGAUCCAAAGAACGAACUUACAUUUUACUACGAUACAAAAACUGGUGAAAAAUCAUGGGAAAUGCCAGAUAACUACAGACAGUAUUUGAUCGAUUUUCAAAAUUUGUGUCAACUGCAGCAGGAUUGUUCGAGUGACCACAACUUGACUCCUCCAAAAAAGGAGAUGAGGAAACACAAAAGUUCUAUUAAGAAAUUGAAAUCUCCACCUAAAAAAUCUGGACAGUCUAUUCAAUACCUGUCUGAGUAUAUAGCCUACAGCGAAUCUGAUUCGGAUAGUGAUGCUCCUUCUACGCGCAUAAAAAAUGUCCAUAACUCAUCUGAAGCACGAGAUAUUUCUCAAGAUGAUUCAAUUAAAGCAAUGGCUGCUUUAGAUAAGCCUGAAGAUCAUGAUGACGUAGCUUGCAUGACUCAUAAUUCUGCUCCUGAAAAAUCCGAAAUCGACUCCAAAUUUAUCGGACCUCUAUUGCCAAAGGAUGAGGAUAAACCCACUGAUGGUCAGCUUGAUUUCACUCCAAAAGUAGACAAUUAA